AUGGCUACAGCAGUGGAGAAGAGCAAUGCUGGUGCUGUGCAGGGGGAAGGGGGAGGAGGAGGCAACGGCAGCAUCGACGACGGAGAGAAUCGAAUCGAGCAUCAGUAUUGGACAAGAUACAUGGAGGGCGUGGUCAAGGAAUCGCAAAAGUCGCUGGAUCAGCAGUUCCUCGAUCGGGACUUGGGCAAGCUCAUCAAGUCAGCGGAUGCGAUCAGACUGCAAACACUCAUGUACCACGAGUAUGCAUACGGGACGGAGAAGGUCUCGACCAAGUUCAUGUACCUGGGGAAUUACUAUGCUCUCAUGUUGCGAUACAUCGCACUGGUGUUCGAGAAGAUGAAGUGUCAUCCGAGUUACAAGAACAGUGAAUUUCGCAAAGAAAUUGAUGCACAAUUGAAACAGGGAAAAUUGGCGGUACAGGAAUUGGAGAAAGAGAAACAUGAAUUGAAACGACUAUUCACAAUCCAAUACAGGGAGAAGAGAGCCUUGAAACAGGCUAAUAUCUCCAAGAUCAAAGAAAAGGAUCUGAAGAGCCUCAAACUCAUCGGAGAUGCAAUGGAAUCUAUGAAGAUCAACGUUUCCACUGGUACCUGCUGGGACCCGGCUGAGUCGGGAUUGACGUCGACAUUUCCAGGGAAUGCGAUGGAGAGGGAGGGGCUACAAGAGUUGAUGGACAAAGAUCGUCACGUCGUGCAGCCUGCGGCUGAUUUGCCGCCGUCAAACUCGAAGCCCUCGGUGACAUCAGCUCCGUCCGUCAGCGCGCAAAGAGCUCUGGGAGAUCAGUCCGUGCGACCUCAACAGGACAAGAGUACUUCGCCAGCGUCCAGGAAGGGGAUCAUCGAGGAGAAAAUGCAGAACGAUGACGACAUUUUCAUUGCGUUGCCGGUGUUCGACGAGAUUCCCGUCCUCCUCCCUUCGCAGAACCGCAUGAAGUUCGACACUUUCCUGCAGCACGAGAGGAGAGGAUACAACGCAUCCCUGAUCCCACCUACCAAACCUCCUCCUACCUCUACCUCUACAGUCAGCGCUUAUCCUGCUCGACAGAGCAGCAAGUACAACGAGAUGUACGACAGGGACCUUCAGCUGGCACUUCGAGAAUCCGCCAUGCUGGCCAACACGGAGAACAUGAAGCUACAGAGGUGGCGCAAGGAGAGUAGGUGCUGUAUGCUGAUCCCGGGCAGGUUAAGAGAGCGAUUGGAAAAGUUUACAGACUUCGAGUUGGAGGACGUCGACAAUACAGGCCACUGUCAGUUCGACGCCAUCGCUCAUCAGAUCGCUGGACGAUUUGCCGACCAAUACAAAGUUCAGCCCAGUGAGGUGCACUAUCGAAGGGUGAGGAGAGAUGUGGCGGAGUGGCUCCGGCGCAAUGCGCAUGUGACCCUGGACAACGGAGCUACAAUCACCGACUUCCUGGACAGCGAGGACGGCGCGACGUGGGAAAUCUUCUGCGACAACAUCGAGGACAAGAUUAGCGCCAACCCUGUCUGGGGGAACCAUCUCACAUUGAUCGCCGCUGCCAACUGCUACAACCGUCCCAUCAGAAUCUGGUCAACCGCCCCGGGAGAUGACUGGUGGCUUCAAAUAGAGCCCAAGCACUACAAGCCCACCCAUCACAUCCGUCCCUUCGAGCUUGCUCACCUCUACGAGAGACAUUACCUCUCGGUUCGAGAACGAAGAGGCAAGAACUCCAAGUUUUCUGGAACUCCGCGAUACUGA